UCAGCCACAGCCGCGCACCCAAACUCGAUGUGCCCGGAUCAAAUCGUGUGUGUCGCAAGGAAGUUCUAUUAAGCGACCAUGUAUGCUUUACUACUUAAUUACAGAAAACUAGGUGCAUAAAAGGAUUCGGAAAUCUGCCUUAGUAGACUGGCUUGGAUAAUCACCGGUCUCCUCUGUCUCAAAGGGUUCAGUGAGGCCCAGAUUACAACUGCUUGUCCAACUCCAUCGGGAUACAUACUGUAAUCUUAUAGACUCCUUUGACAGUCAUAUUGAGGUGGGUUUGCGUGCCUUUUGUCCAACAUCUCUAGCCUCUUUCUGUUCUCGUAAACUAGCCUAUUCCCCAGCAUGGUCUUCAGAGACAGAGAGGUAACGAUUGUGUCACCCUGCAGUCACUGAUGCGCAUAUCUUACGCGCGGGGUACAUACGCACUCCCUGACAACAGCUCAUUAUAAGCCUUGUUGUGUGAUUCUGAUACACAAUUUGCAAACAAACUUGAGCAAUUGCUUCAAUAUUUUACUUCCGUACGACCUCGAGCAUCAGAAGUCAUGGCCGCCGCAGCAGUGUCUGACCAAACUACCGACCUGAGCAAGCAAUAUGACACUCCCCUCGGCCUCGCUCACUCAACUAUGCAAGUCCUCAAGGACAGAAUCAAGCUCCAUUAUGAUCUUGCAAGUGACUACUAUUUGAGUUUGUGGGGCGAACAUAUCCAUCACGGGUACUGGCCAACACCAGAGUCUGAAGCCACGCAGACAAAGGAGGAAGCUCAAGCCAAUCUCAUUCAGCUCCUUCUCGACAUUUCAAAUCUUCCAUCUAACAGCUCGGUUCUUGAUGUUGGCUGUGGUAUCGGUGGAACUUCGCGGUAUCUCGCUUCCAAACAUGGUAGCUCUGUGACGGGCAUAACCAUCUCAAGCAAACAAGUCGAGAUCGCAAAUCGCCUGACCAAAGCUGCUAUCGAAGACACCUCUUCGUCUGAUGUGUCAGAUGACAAUGGCUUCACCAAACUCGGCGAGGGAAAAGUCAAAUUUCUCGAGCUUGACGCCGAGAAGAUGGGCGACUUCUUCAGCGACCAGCAGGGCACCUUUGAUGCAGCAUGGAUAAGUGAAGCUCUUAGCCAUUUUCCAAACAAGGCGUUAUUCUUUGAGAAUGUGAUGAAAGUACUCAAGCCUGGAGGCAAGUUGGUAUUGGCAGAUUGGUUCAAGGACGAAGAUGUUGACGAUACAACUUUUAUCAAUGAUAUCAAGCCUAUUGAAGAUGGCAUGCUACUCCCACCCCUCUGUACCCAGCAAGGGUACGUCGAUCUCGCGAAGAAGGCCGGGCUUAAAGUCUUGUCUGAGCCAAAGGACAUCAGUCAACAGGUCCGAAAGACAUGGGACAUUACUUGGUCACUUGUGCAGAACCCAUCUCUUUGGGCAUUUGCGUUUACUCAAGGCCGGGACGGUAUUGCUUUCUUGCAGUCAUUUCGCGCAAUGAGACGGGGUUAUGCUAAUGGCUCUUUUCGCUACGCUGUCAUGGUAUUCUAUAAGGAAAUGGUAUGAGGCAUGGGCUGUGAGAAUCAGCGCGAUGUUGCCUCAAAAUCCAAAAAUCGUGACAUCUUAUCCUUGGUAUAUCAUUAAAUUAUUCAGAGGUUUUAUAAGCUGUAAACGGCACUCUCGCAAGUUAUCACAAGUUACCUUAUCAGUG